UUGAACAUUUAAUUAUUUUAUUUACCACUAGAAAGUACCCGCGUACCACUAGUCGAAGGCCUACUCGUAUCACACUUUUGAGAAUCGCUCGACUGUACAUAAAGCACUACUCCAUUUACCAUUUAAUGAAUUAAACGUCUCGACGCACCACUGAUUUGUUUUAAAAGCCUGGUGUUGGCGAAACUGUCCAACAUCGCCUCCAAGCCGGCCAACAGUUGUACCGCAUCCGUGUUGCUCGGUCUGGAGGACUCUCCCGUCCCCAUAGAGACAAGCUCCUACAACCGUUUAUCCCCCACCCACCCUCCUCAGCAGCGAUGCCAGCGAAUUAGAAUUAGCGGCAUUUGGACAUUACUAGUGUUUUUUUUUGUUUGUUUUUUUUAAAUAAAAAUUCCCUCGAAUUCCGACCUCGCGUGGUUUGCCAAACGGAUUUCAUUUAUUACCGUGGGAUUAACCGGUGUUAUCCAGAGAGGCCGGAGAUUUGUGUCGCGCAGGGCGGGGAGGAGCGUUCGGAGGAGUCUUUCGCCUCCUCCGCCAGUAUGCUCCUGUAACAAGCCAAGAUAGAUACAAGAGCGAAGACGGAGCCAAUGUGCCCGUAAAGCAUGGACAUGGAGGUGAGUGCCGGGCAGGGGGGCAGCACCAGGAGGAGAGCAGCGGAAGAUGGUGUUUCAGGAGGAGGAAGCGUGGAAGUUCUGGUAGUACCUCCAGACCUGUAUGACUCUGCCAGGGCCAAAAUAGAAGCAAAUCUCCGUUGGCUGCUGGCCAAAGCUUAUGGCAUUGCAGACCACAUCCCUGAGGACCUGCAGGACCCCUUCUACACGGACCAGUAUGAGCAGGAGCACAUCAAGCCGCCCGUCAUUCACCUGCUGCUGUCCGGGGAGAUCUACUGCCGGGUGUGCGGACUCAUCCUGCGCGCUGAGCAAGCCGCCUCGCUCCGAAGCCAUCAGUCCGUGCUCCAGGCCCUGUCCGCCAGGGGCAUCCACGUGCAAGACUCAGACGAUGUCCACGUCUCCACUCUGGAUCUCAGCUCAAACCCUGUCAAGAUGAGCUGCCACAUGCACCUGAUCGAUGCCCUCAUGAUGGCCUACACAGCGGAGAUGAUCAGUGUGGAGAAGGUGGUGUCCAGUGUCAAGCGAUUCUCCAACUUCAGUGCCUCUAAGGAGCGUCCGUUGGACCUGGAGGAUGCCAUGGUCCUUUGGGUCAACAAGGUGAACACAAAGAUGAGGGCUAUCUCCGAAAAAGAGAUGAAGAUGAAGCAGCACCUGCUGGACUCGCCAAACCACCAGAAGCCUGACAUAUUGCAUGCGCUGGCCCAUUGUCUGUUGGAGCCUGUGGAGUUUUCUCGCGUGGUGCGCUAUCGCAGGGACCAUCUCUCAGGUCGGACACUUCAGCACUUCUCCCUGGUAGACGACCUGUGCAAAGACGUGUGUGACGGCGCUGCUCUUCUGGCCCUAAUCCACUUCUAUUGCCCCAAACACGUUAGACUUGAAGAUAUCUGCCUGAAGCACAUCGCCUCCAUAGCUGACAGCAUGUACAACAUCCAGUUGCUGAAGGAAUUUUCCAAUGAAUACUUGAACAAGUGCUUCUAUCUGAAGCCUGAGGACAUGCUGUAUUGUCCUCCAGUGCUGAGGAAUAAUGUGAUGGUGUUCAUCGCCGAGCUCUUCUGGUGGUUUGAGAUUGUGAAGCCGGACUUUGUACAGCCCAGAGACCUUAAGGAAUUCAGAGAUGCAAGGUUAAUGCUGAUGCCGAAGGCCUCUCGAUCCCACACACCCAUCAAUUUCACCAAACGUAGUUUCCAGACUACAUCAAGUGAUGCUGAAAUGUUGACCACGCCUUUAAGCUCCGACUUUAGCACUUCCAGCUCUCCUCACUCUUUAGUGCCUCCAAGACAGAGACGACCGAGGGGAGUUGAGGAUGAUGCUACAGUGAGGAAUCAGUGCAGCUCUCUGGCACGUAAAGAUGAGAAGCCGCAGGGUUUGUCACGGGUCUGGCCAGAGAGAAGGCAGAGGCCUUUAUCCCAGCCGGCACCCUACGCCUUGCAUUUCCCCAAUCACGAGGUUGACACAGACAAUAGCAGUCUGAUUCGCUCCAUCAGCAAAGGCAGCUUGGCCUCCAGCAUUAUGACACCCAGCCACAUGCUCAUGGGUUCAGGUCGCCCGCUGCACGAGCACAGACUGAGCGGGCAAAGUCUCCUCAGCCACAUUCGUAUCGAGGACGAGGAGGAGCUCUUAGAGGAGGAGGAGCUAGUCGCCGUGGUACACCCUGCUGUUUUCCACCGACGUCCACUCAGGAGUGACAUCGAGCUGGAUGAACUGGAAAUCCCCCACACGACCUCACCACGGAGGGUUUCUAAUACUCUCGACAUGGACGUCUUAACCCCAGAUGUGCAGGCGGAAAGCUACUACCUGGAGCCUCUGAUGCCAGCCAUCCCUAAGCCAGCCAAAGAGAAGAGUAUCAGCCUCAACAAGGACGAGGAGUGCGGGGAGAGUCGCUGCAGGUCAGGGCUAUGUGGUGUGAAUCCAGCCACGGAUGUUCCACAUAAAUCACACAGGAAAUCACCAUUGUCUGAAUGUCGUAAAUAUGCGUUUAAACCCAUAACUGUGGUAAAAUCCGUGCCCACCCGGGAAGGCUUGACACAUACUUCACUUUCUGAGAAAACACAACCACAAGGCUUUUUCCUUCACUUGUCUGGAGAGUCAGACUGUCACAGUCAUCUUUCCUCUGAUGCAGAAGUAGGGCAAGACUCUGAUUCCGACAUUGCAGGUUUUGAGGAAGAUGACGAGGAUGUGGACCUGAUCGAGCCAAGCAGGGAAAAAGGAAUUGGCUUACUGAGAGAAUUCUCAGAGGUUGAGUCUUUUAAGCUGAGACAAGACCUAAAGGUGAGUGAGCGAGACGACAAGGAAGACUGGAGUGGACGCUCCAGCCCAUGCCUCAGUACCACAUCUUGUGCAAGCAGCUGCAGCGUUUCGGGCAGUGCCAGUGUCAGAAUGACCAGCUUUGCCGAAAGGAAGUUGCUUAAACUCAGCCUCCGUGACGGGUUCUCUAGCACCAGCAGCUCACAGAAGACGACGCCCGACCACUCUGAGAUUACUCCUUGCGCUCCCUGGCAACUAAAGACCGAAGGUAGCCCCGUAUGGCAAGCGCAAGACCCCACGUCUGCUGUGAGUAAGACUAUGAUGGCGAGUCCUCCAGUAGUGCCUUCAGAGCUGCUGCAACUCCACAUGCAGCUAGAAGAGCAAAGGCGAGCUAUUGAGUAUCAAAAGAGGAAGAUGGAGACCUUGUCGGCGCGGCAGCGACUGAAACUUGGCAAAGCUGCAUUCUUGAACAUCGUGAAGAAAGGCGAAGGGAGGAGCGACACACUCCCUCUUCCUCUCAAACAUUCGCCUUCCACCGAACUGUCUGGCUCUCAGAAAGUAAAGAGCCCCUGCUGCAAGGAUGACUCUUGUCUUGAGGUACUGAAGGUGCAGGCAAAGGCAGAAGGAAGACCGAUACAUCGAGACAAUCGGUUAAACACCUCGGCUCAGGAUAGCGCUUCCGAUUCGGAUGUGAGUGACCGUACCCGCUCCAUAGAUCUCCUCAACAAGGCCAUCAGCGUUAUCCAGCAGCAGAUGACGCAGCUCUCAUUGCAGCAAGACCUACUGAUGAAGAAGAAUGUGGCUUCAUCUGUGGAACCUAAAGAACCAGACCUGAAACCAACUGCGACCACAACACAGUCCCCCACCUCAGACCCCAGAUCCUUCGCCGUCCACUUUGUUGACUUCAACGACAGCAGUUGCGCUCCCACCCGUCGUCCUCCCAAGCUGAGCUCUAGCCAGCGAAGCAAAGCCUCAGAGCCGAAGCAGAGUAACAAGAACAGCAAAGUGUCUGACACUGAAGCUGUGACCUCUCCCAACGAAAACACUGGUGUAGAAAGCCAGGAUGCUGAAAGUUCCAGGUUGGAUAGAAACUUCAGAAGACGCACAACCUUCAGAGUCCAAAACGAAGCGGACCUAUCUCCUGUCAAGGUUCAGUCAGAGGACACGAGGGCCUCCGAUACCUCCAUCACUCCGUCACAUUGUGCAGAAGACGACGAGGUCGACAUCUCAGGAACAGAAUCUGUCGGUGGUAACAACAGCACUAGGGGAAAAGGUCUCCUGAUCGAGGUUGACCUAUCAGAGAUGAAGGAGCCUGCGGAGGGCGCGAGUCUCGACAUCGCAGACAGUGAACAGAAGAACGUGCUCGGCUUCUUCUUUAAGGACGACGAGAAGGCCGAGGAUGAGAUGGCCAAACGUCGCGCUGCCUUCAUGCUCAAACAACAGCGCAAAGCCGAAGAGGCCAGGAUACGCAAGCAGCAGCAGGAAGCAGACAGCGAACUCAAGCGUGACGAGGCCAGGCGUAAGGCAGAGGAGGACCGGGUUCGUAAAGAGGAGGAGAAGGCCAGACGAGAGCUGAUAAAGCAGGAGUACCUGCGCCGGAAGCAGCAGGCGUUGUUGGAAGAGCAGGGUCAGGUUAAGCCGAGCCCCAGGUUCAAGUCCCGCAGGAAUAGACCCAAAUCGCUGCACCGAGGCGAGUUCAGCAGCCCCUGUAAAGGAUCCACCACACCUGAUCUGAGCUGCAGCCUUCGAGGAUCCACGUUGUCUUUGGCCACAGAGGCAGACAGCAUCAUCUCUGAAGAGGCAGAAUCGCAGAGGGCUGAGUCAGUCUGCUCCAUGGAUUCCUUCCCUGUGCUGAGCCGAGCCUCCAGCAGGAACAUGGAGCGCGACUGGGAGAGCGGCUCCAUCGCCUCCUCCAUCACUUCCACCGAGUACAAUGGGCCCAAGCUUUUCAAAGAGCCAAGCUCCAAGUCCAACAAGCCCAUCAUCAUCAAUGCCAUCGCACACUGCUGCCUAGCCGGAAAGGUGAACGAGGCACAGAAGAAUGUCCUUCUGGAGGAGCUGGAAAAGUGCGAGUCGAAUCACCUGAUCAUCCUCUUUCGGGACGGCGGCUGCCAGUUCCGCGGCGUGUACUCGUACUCGCCGGAGACUGAGGACAUCGUGAAAUUCACGGGCACGGGGCCGCGCGUCAUCGGCCACAAGAUGAUCGACCGGCUCUACAAGUACAGUUCGGACCGCAAGCAGUUUAACGUCAUCCCAGCCAAGUCGGUGUCGGUCAGCGUGGACGCGUUGACCAUCCACAACCACUUGUGGCAGGCCAAGAGGCCCGGCAGCGCACGCAGGAAGUGACACGCGGACGCUCUGUACUUGUGUUCUGUUCUGUUUACGACCGUUGGGCCGGACCCAAAUAGUCGUAUAAUGUCUUCAGACUAAACGCUCAAGAAAUGCAACGGUGUCUUAAAGAGGAGUCUAUGGGAGAUUAGAAAUAUGUCAAAUGAAAAAUCUCUCAAGUUCAACUCUUUGAAAUGUGCGUGACUGUUCAUGUUUGUUUCAUUCUUUCAGUGUGAACAAUAAGCUCCUUGUUUGAUUCGAAAACAUCAGAAGCUAACAUGGUCAACAUGGUCGUAGUCGGUCAGUCUGUCCCUUCAACACUGGCGAUGUUAGUGCAGUGUUUCCCAACCUGUAUUGCACCAAAGCCAUUUUACAUGAGAAAAAUAUGACAGUACACCACCAAAUAAAAAGUAUACAGCCCGGAAAAAAAAUUUCAAGACCAAAAAAAAAGAGGGACCUUUUUGGGCAUUUUGACCAUUUUUCAUUUUCUACUUAUAAAUGCUUUAAAUGGCAAUAUUUGUGUUUGGAAUUUGGGAGUUAUUUUGUCAGUUUAUAGAAUGAAACUUAAAUGUUCAUGUAAUGUCAGAGCUGGAUACUAAAAAAAUAUAAUUGUAUUUCAAUUUACUUACAAAUGUACUAAGUGUGAAAUCUGGGCCACAACGAUAUUAUUCCGUUGUUUGAAUGGCAACAAAACACAGGUUAACAAUACAGUACCUUCAGCUAGCUAGUGGAAGAGCAUUAAAUUGUUCUGCCUGUCACUAUAUGUUGGCACCGUAGAUGGAUGAACAAAGGUACAGUAUUUGUAGUAAAUACAGUAGAUGAUUACCACCUGGUGAUCUCGGACAGCGUUUGGUGAUCACUGCACUAGGGAAUACAAAACAGCGAGCCGAAAGCACUAUUUUAUUGUUUUUAUUUAUUAUAAUUCUGCAUGUCACUUUUGUUUGAGCCCGCAGGUACUGUAUGUCCUGCGUUCUUUUUGGCACUAGAUCCGAUGGAGUGAUUGUCACAUUGCGACAAAGUUGGACCUUUUCGAAACGAACGCUGCUUCAUCCAUUCCUGGCGGUGAUUCUGACUUUUGACCCCGUCCUCCCCCCCAAAACAAAAAAGGUUUGUUUAUUGUAUUGUGAUGCUCAAGGCUGCUGGUUUGUUCCUUCCAGUCCUUCUGAUGAGUGCUUUUACAAAGAUACACUUUGAGCCCGUGUUUUUAAUGAGUGGCUUGGUUGCUAUUUGGCUAAGGAAGUGAGGACUGCUGCGUGGUUAACCCCUCGGAAUGUUUGAACUUUAUUAAUUUUUGGGGCAGAAAAACAAAAGGGGGCACUUCAGCACGGUGCAAAAAAGGGGGUUAGCACGACUGCCUCACCGUUCUGAGGUUCAAGGUUCGAUACUCUGAUCUGGCCUUCCGGUGUGGAGUUUGCAUGUUCUCCCAGUGCUUGUGUUGGUUUUCUCUGGGUACUACUAAAUUGCCCAUAGGUAUGAGUGUGAAUGUAUUUAUUUAUUUAUUUAUUUUUUGUCUACAUGUGCCCUGACUGGUGACUAGUCCAGAAUCUACCCUGCUUUUCUCACCGAGCUCGUUUUUUGGAAGACUUUAAAUUGCCCAUAUAGUGUAGGUGUGAAUGUGAGCCUGAAUGCUUGUUUGUCUAAAUGUGUCCUGUGAUUGGUUGGGGACCAGUCCAAAGAGUACCCUGCCUCUUCGCUGAACGUCAGCUUGGAUCGGCUCCAGUUUAGCCGCAAUGAGAAAAAGUAAAGGCAACCAUUUAUUUAUUUAUUUAUCUAUUGCUGCUGUUUUCUCGCAAGAUAAACAUUUCUACUGUUGGGGGGCAGUGUCAAUUUCGUGCCGUCUGAGAUCCUUGACAGGCUCAUGAGUUGUUGUUUUUUUUUUGCGACCUGUCACAUGAGAACAAUGUUUAAAUGUAGCUUCAAAUGCUCAAGAAGUUGCCUGCUCGGUCCCUGGUCAAUUGUAACGUGAUGGCGAACAAAACUGCACAAUACUUGAUUUUUUUUUUUGCUGCAUUUUAUAUAUUUUUAGUAAGAUAUUUUGUACCAGUUAAAGAAGCUAAAGAAAGAAAAAAAAAACAGGCACUGUUAUGAGGUUUAUUCUGUUACAGUCCCGUUUCAUUGUGUCCUUUAUUGUGUGUUAACGUCUUUGAAAAAUUUAAUAAAAUGCAGUUUAAUAUGUCGCUUCUU